UGAUGUCAAAUAACAGUAGCGGGAACCCGGGCAACCACAACAAAAUAGGAUAGUCGAACUAAAAUGAUUUGUUUGCGAAGUUUAAAGGGGUACAGGUGAAUUGGAUUGACAUCCCAUCCAAAGUUAAUCAGUGAAAAGAUUCUGGCGAAGUAACAAAAUUGUAUUCUCUUACAAUGGAAGCGAAAAAGACAUUUGUUUCGAAGAGAACAACGGCUCCAUUGACUAAGUCGAGGAGUAUUUCGAACUUAAAACCUAAGUCGGACAGCUUGAGUGAGACCGCAAAAGUUGGUUCAUUAAACAAGAAUUCGCCAGCACUGCUGAGGGCCAGUUCUGCUAAUCUUCACACCACCUCAACAAGGUCUACAGGCAAAGAAAGAGUAACCAUUAGUCAAAGGAACUCUGAGGGAGGAGAGGCCUUUGCAGAAGAAUCGAAACUUGACAAGAUUGAUGGCGCUUACAAUUCUUAUUUAACAUCAUCGGCUAUCAAAGUUUUAUUAGAAAAGUCAAAACGUAGAAUCCGAGGAGACAUAGAUAAACAAAUUGCUGCUCUCCAAAAACGGGUCACUGACAGUCUAGAUGCUCUAGAACAAACGCAGUCAAAACUGAAUACAGUUUGCCUUCUUCAAGAAGAGACUAAUUUGCUUGCCCAUCACAGAGAAGCAUGCAACACCUUUUCAAAUGAACCCGCUUUUACAAGAGGAAAAAGCUUUGAGGAACUUUUGUCAGAAAUCAACAGAAUUAAAAAUCAACUUCCUUGUAAGAAUGUCUGUACUCCUGAAUCAAGCAAAGAACUAGCUCAUUUCCAAGAUGCAACGUCUCAGCUAUUGCAUGUAAUGGAUCUCAUUUCCUCCUCUUAUGGAUCUGAUCAAACCCCUAUCUCUCUUACUGCUACCGAGUUGGAUAAAAUCAACACUACUAGAGAAACUGUCCAAAACAUCAAAUUCAGCGCUGAUUCUAUUUCCAAGAAGACGAGUUCCAGUAUUCUGAAUGAAGCCAUCAUCAAAACAGCAGAGCUAAAAGUUUGUGAAGCAUUUGAUGCACUCUAACCUGGGAUUGUUUUGCAGUUCUCUGAAACAACUAUUACAAUAAAGACUUAACUAUUAAA